UAUUAGUGUAUAGCGCUCUCCAUAAUAGAUCUGAAACCAUUCAAUUUACCCAUGUUGUUACUAUGACAUAGAGUCGGUUAUAACUGCUUUUCCUUCAAAACCAGCGGUUGAAUGAAACAUUUAAACAUUUUCUGAUCUUCUUUUCUGGAACGUCAUCAGAUCAAGUUUUGCUAUACCAAAAAAAAAACAACAACAAAAAAGCAAAUGUUUGCCGCCCAGAAUAAAAGCAUAAAACCCUUAGAGAUUGAAGAAAGUCAAUCGUUUGAUACUAGUGAAUUAGGCAGAACUAUCAGUCGGGUAAAUGCCCUGCCUAUUAAUAUACAAGAUCAUGGUGAUCAUUGGAGACGAAUAAACGAGUUAGUUGAAACUUCGAAUCCCCUUGUAUUAGAAGAUCAGUCGUCAUCAAGACGAUUAUCUCAGGCGUCUAAAAGCAGUAGUGGAAAACACGGAUCAGGAUCUCUGUCCCAACAAUCGCGUAAAUCUACUGUAAAUCUAUUAAGUAGGAAAACAUCAAGGGGAUCCGAAGAAUUUCAAGAACUUGACAUUUUCGAUAGAUACACAGAAUUCGGUGGACUGAAAACUCAUGAGGGUGAAACGCUGAGAACAAAAGAAAUUGACACAGAGACUAAAACACCUGAUAGACUGUUCAAUAAAAGACCAGAUAGUAAAGCAGUUUUACACUCUGGUCAGUCAUUACGCAAGCAGUUAGCUUCUAUCAAGGAACAUGUAAAACCUCAACCAUUUCCAGACAGACAACUGUAUAUUUAUGUGAUCGCGGAUCCGACGGAUAUGCGAAUUGAACUUACCAAACUACGUGUACAUGUUUGGCCUUAUUUAAAACGUCUGUGUAAUGAACGUGGUUUCACUCUUCAUAUAAUUGAUGACAGUAUGGAUACUGAUAUUGAGCCUCGACAUCAGCUGACGAUGACAUCGUAUGAUCUACCAGAAGACAUUGAAUUGAAGCAACACUUGUCUAGAAGAGUUAAACAAAAGAACUUUCUCAAUUGUUUAAUUUUACUAUCGAAUCGUUCAGUUGGUCCAAUUAUGCCAUUACCUGAGUGUAUAUCGAAUAGCUUAUUAAAACAAAUUAAAGAUUCUGCUUUAGAAGAAAUUGACGAUAUAAAAUCCGAGAUAGCUAUGCUGUCAGAUAAACUACCAGGUUUUGAUAGCCCACGUCUUCAACGUCGUCUGUCUAGAUAUUUAGAAUCACAAAAUUCUAUAAGAUCGCAAUCAGAAGAAUUAGUGAUCAGACAACCUUAUAUGCCAUCAAUAAAUGAAUCAAUGCAAACAGUUGAAGAUGCAAUACGACAUAAAAGUGAAAUUAUAAGAACUCUAAAUCCAGAUAUCUUGGAUAAAUGGUAUCGUCAAGAGUCUAAUUCCCAUCCAGACAUAUUGUAUCUGCAACCAGUAAGCUUUAUCUUACCUGGAAUCACAUUAUUUGACGAUCAGAAUCGACGUCAAGCUGAACUGAAAUCCUGGCUAACUGAUGCCCACCGAAUAAGAUGUUUACUUUUGAAAUUUUUGAAUCGUAAAGAAGUUACAAGUUCAUCAUCAUUUCGUUUAUCUGAAUUAGAAUUAUCUGCCCCAAAUACAGAAAGAAUUGAAACUAAAUCUGAGGCAGACAAAAUACAUCCUCAUGAAUCUAUGCAGAUAACUUCUACAUCUGAAAGAAAAACAAGUGGAACUAGUGAAUCGUUACCAGUGGAUAGUGAAUUAAAUUUCCACUCUGAAGUUGAAAGGAAAACUGAAGUAGUUCUGCAAAACAGUGAAUUGAACUCAGACUGUUAUGUACAUAUACGCUGUCAUCAAGAAGCACACUUACAAUCUAUUGGUAAUGAUACAUCUUCUACUGGUUGGCGAUCUCGUUCCUUAUCAAUGGCAUCAUGGUCAACAACAAAGACAAAUCCUAUUUCUACUUCUGCUAAUUCAACUGCAUCACUGAAAAAUGAUUUCCUUUUAAGUGGUAUCAAUGAAUCGUUAGUCAGAGCUAAAUAUCUUGUGAAUUGGGCAAGAUUAAGAGUUCCAGCGAAUAAUCAGUCAUAUUAUGAACUGGAAAAAUCUUCUCCUGUCACUAUGGAUGAUCAAAUCAAUUGUUCACACUCGUAUUUAGAUCCUAUUACCUUUCAAGAACAUGCUAUUUACUUAGACGAUAUGUGUCGUAAUAUACGAAAUAAGUUUAGUCAAAGUUUAAUUGAAGAAAUGGAUAGACGACACCAGAUUGAGAUAGAUAAUGUGAAAAUGAACAAGAGGAAAGAUCUUCCACACUGGUGUACAGAAUUUGAAAUGUCAGCCCAUUUGGAAGCUAUGGAUAAUCUAUCUUUAGAAUGCAUUACAAGAGAAGACAAAAUAACUCAAUUACUGGAGAUUAUUUCGAAGCAUACCAAAGAUUGUCAAGAGAUAGAUAUUCUUCAUAUGAACUACUUCAAAUUUAUUCAUGUGACUGGUGAAUCUGGCAGUGGGAAAUCAGUUCUACUGGCUGCUCUGGCUAAAAAGCUAAUCACAAAGCCGAUUGAAAUCUCUUCAAAUUGUAUUUAUCCACGAGUGAUUUAUCGGAUGAUUGGAUCUUCUACAAUAUCACUGAACCUGCUGAAUCUGUUAAAUUAUCUUUGUUUAGAAUUGUCUACACAAAUGAAUGCAUCAACAUUACCUGAUACCUAUGAUGGACUUCGUAUAGCCUUGCGUACAGCUAUUACAGAGCUACUUAUGAACAAAUGUAAACAACGCAAAGACAAUUUCCCAAUUUCAUGGAUUCCAUUCACAUGGUUAAAAUACAAGCCUGUUUUAAACUGUCCAGUCAUCUUCCUUCUGUCAACAACAAAUAGUCCUGUUGAAGUAGCCUCAUUUGACAGUAUUCUUCAAAACAAAAUCAAUCAGUAUACCUCAAAUAAUAAUGAUGAUAAUCAUAACGAUACUUCUAUUACUACUAAUACUGCUACUAAUGAUGACUAUGUGUUGAUUCACUUGAAAGAACUUGAUAUACAAAGUAUGGAACAAUGUAUCAAAGAAUGGCUUCAAAUUCACAGCGCUGAAAUUAUCAUCUCAAAACUUAAAAGCAUAAACAAGACAUUUCAACCUCUUCAGCUGAAAAUACUUGUAAAGUUAUGGGAAACCAGAAAUCAACAUGUGGACAAUUUGUUAAAACGUUCGCAGUCAUUGACAAGUGAACAAUUAUUCAACUGUCUAGUGUUCUAUGCUGAGAUGCACUAUGGACUUAGACGAGUACAAUUCACUUUAGGACAAUUGAUCAUAUCAAGAUGGGGUUUAAAUGAUGAAGAUUUGAUCAAUUUAUUUUGGUCUUGGCUACCAUAUUCUUCUAGUCAACUGUUGAAAUCUUCUAAAUUGUUGCACAAUUCUCAGAAUCCAUCAAACAUAAUGACACAACAUCAUAGAAUGUCAAUACAAGGUAACAGUAGCGGCUAUAAUAAUAAUAAUAGUAACAGUGGUCUAGGCUUCUGGUCAAAUGAUAAAUCAGAACGUGUCUAUCUAACAAGGAAUUGGUUGUAUCGAUUUCUAAAUGAAUUUUUAAAGCAAUUAGGCAUUUUAACGCUAACUAGAUCUCCACCUUAUGGAUGUUAUCAAAUGUUUAAUUUACGUCAACAAUCAUUCCGAUAUUGGUUAGAAUCGUGUUAUUUGAAUAACAAUAAUAAUAAUAAACUCAUAUCCGACUUUCAUGUCCUACAAACGAAUAACUUCUAUCUUCAACACAGGCAAAUAUCGCCAAUAGCUGAUUCAAGGUUAAGCAAUGAAAGCAGACAAUCUUUACAGUACUGUGUACACUGGAGAUGGAUUCAUGAAGUUCCCUAUCAUUUAUCCAAAUUAGGUAGAUUACAACAACUGAAACAGACUUGUUUUUGUGCUUCCCAAUGGUUAAAUUUAAAAUUACAGCUUAAUUUCUACACAGAUUAUACAGCUCUAUGUGUACAGAACCUCCUAGAUGAUAUGAUACUAUAUAUGUCAUAUAUACAUGAUGACAACAAUGAUCAACAACUAGCAGAGAGUGAAACCGACGCUCAGUUAACAUCUGAUGUAUAUAUUCAACAGUCAUUGAAAUAUAUACAUGAUCAUCCUGAUAUCUGGAUAAUUAUGAGUCUUUUAAUUCAAUGGAAACAUAAAUUAACUCAAGAUCCAUUCUUGUUGAACACUAUCCUACUUAAUAACAAUUUAGAAGAUUGUCUUCAAGAUUGCUUAAUGAAGGCCAACGAUGGUAGCGAUAGCGAUCAAAAUGCCUUAAAUUCAAAUAAUGCGGAAAAAGAAAGUAGGAUACAAAAAUCGUUAACUUCACUUAUUGAAAGUAUUCAUCAACCUAGCACAGCAUUGAAUAAUCCAACAUUACCCUAUUUGAUUAACUUUAAACUAUGCGCAUAUUUAUGCUCAGAUGAACAGCUGAUUGAUAGUUUGACUUCUAGAUCACUGUCUAUGACAGCUAGUGUAGGCUUGAGUUAUGUAAGAAACAGGGUGCAAAUAAAUGCAAUCGCCUAUUCUACAUCAAAUGACAUCCUGGCAAUAUCAAUAAAGCAUUUUGAAAGUUGUAUAACAAAAUUAGAAUUAUGGAAUAUUUUAGAAAAUUAUAGAAUUUUGAGUAUUGUUCUACCAUGUAGUAAUGUACAAACAGUGAAUGAACUCUUAUGGAUUGCUGUUGAUGAAGCAAUUUUAGGCAUUGAAACACCAAGUCAACGUGUUCUUGUAUGGCCUAUACAACUGAAUGGUAAUUUUACAAUAUCUGGUGAUUACUAUUCACUUAUGGAAGAUUACUACACUCCUAUGGAUGUUUCAUUGCCUAGUAUCAAAGAAAACUGUAGUAUAUCUGUAGUUGAAACAGGUGUAAAAGGUAUAGCUUAUAUUGUUAUCCUACAACAAGGCGUUUGUAAAUUAUCUGUAUGGUUAUGGAAAGAAAGGCGUUUAACUCAAAUAUUUAGUCCAGUUAGCCUUGUUGAUAUACCGUCUCAAUCUGGUCUACAGUCAGAAAAGUUAGAACAGAAAGCUUUACGAUCAAUGAGUUUACCUAGUCCGGUAAAAUCAAACACUGAACUCUUUUUAACUACACAUAUCAUUGUAGAAAGUAGAUUACUUCAAAUUAUUUGUGCUGCAAGAGGUGAUUCACAUGCUACAAUGUUUAGUAUAAACUUGACUAGUGAUCAUCAUUUCAAUUUAAUUCAGUCAUUGAAACAAAAAUGCUUGAAAUGUCCAAAUCAAUGGACACGUUUAUUAGGGAUUAGUAGUGGAUUGUGUAAACCGAUUGUCUUAGCUAGUCGAUCACCAUCAAACAUUCUACCUGAUGAAGACGUGAUAGGUUGUAUUGAUUUAUUUGAUCAAGUAACAGGCAAUUAUAUUAAGCGUAUUGAAUCAUCCUGUGAGAAUGUAUUCACUCCUUUGGAGCCAUAUUCAAAAGUAUUUGGUUUGUUGAGUUAUUCAUCUCCGCCUAAACUGAAUAUUUAUAUCAACCCUACAUUUGGUCAGAUAAUUACAGUUGUACAGAAUUCUUCACGACGUGAAAGAUACAAGCCGUCUACCAGUUAUCACAGUCAUCAUCAUUCUAAAAAGGAGAAAGAUAAUCUAAGCGGUUUGGAAGUUGUUCUAUGGGAUAUAAAUAAGUCAACAUCAAAUCUUCUGGAACCUGAAUAUCUAAUGCCUUAUUUAACUGCUGAACAGUAUACAUUUAUAGCUCCAUUGGCUGUUUCCUUCAGAGAUAUAAAUCACUUGAGUAUGGUGAAACCAAUAUUAGAAGAUUAUGGUCAUUAUUUAAUCAAUUGUAAUCCAAUCGAAGCUUUAACACACAAAUUAGCUGCUAAACAAACAUCAAUGAAGAAACAAACAAAAGAUAGCUGGGAAAUUAUAAGUUCACUUUGUAGGCUAGAAAAUACCAGUAUCGAGUGUAUUGGAUUUAUAAAGUAUAACCCUUCGGAUAAACAAAUUUCAAUUGGUAUAAUUUAUGUAACAAAUGAUGAAAUGUCUGAUUCGGUGACAAAAUACUUUCUAGUGAAACCUUUUGAAAAAGAUCACUGGCAUGGUAAUGAUGUAUUUAUAUUCAAUGGACGUAUAUUGAUAACACUUGAGAAAUUGGAAUAUUCUCCAAUUGUUGAAGAAUGCAAAGAAGUAUAUCAAAGAAUGGGUAUUUACGAAUUACUUCAAACCUCCUCACCGAAUGAAUUCACUCUUCAACACCGUCGACACUUAUCUGACGUUUUCAUUAUACCAAGUGAAGUUACUGAAUAUACAAUACUUGAACCUAUUGAUAGCGAUGGAACAUCUUAUCUAAUCGGUUUAAAUGAAACCAGAUCUCAUUUUGUAGCCUACAGUUUAACAAAUGGUCAGAUUAUGUGGAGAUUGAAACCAGAUUUCACAGUUUAUCAAGAAUAUAAUAAUAGUAGAGCAGGUUCACGUGUAGUCAGUGAGUUGAAUAAUUCAAAAGAAGCUGCUUCUUUCUUGAAUAAUACCACCAUUGAGAAGUUUUUGUUCAGUGGUAAUAAAAGUAUUAUGGUGGCAAGUUAUGGCUUAGAGUGUGCUUGUGUAUUUCUUCUCAGUAAACUACAACAUGUAGGUAAUUUGGAUGAAGCAUACGCCAUGCAGACGCAGACCGCCUGUCAAAAUAAUCUGGAACAUCUGUCAGAUGCACCAAAUCUAAUUGUCUCUGCUAUAUCCUAUGAUGGGUGUUGGUUAGUGCAUUCGGAAUUUAGUCCAGUGGAACAAAGCACCUGUCUUACAGUCUGGUCACUCAUCAAUUUCCAUGAUCCAUGUAAUCUAAUACAACCAGAGGGGAAAGAAGAAGGCGGCGGUGUACAAUGGAAUCGAAAACGUCUCUCUAAUCAGUCGAAUUUAAUCCAAGUGGGUAUUAGUGGAGUGAAUUGUGUAGUUGUUGGAGCAAGGCUUGACUAUGGGAUUAUUUUAUGGUGUCCAUGUAAAGUCAAUAAUCCAAUACGCUUAACGCAUAGUGAACGUUUAGAAUUUUCACAAGACUUUCCACCAAUUCUACAAGUAUCUCAUGAUGGUACCAAGGUGAUUUCAGCCAGUGGAAGUAUUCGACGUGCACAAGUAUCAAUUUGGCAAGUGGAUUUGGACACAGUCACCGAUUGUCUCAUUGGUCACGUUUGUUGUCUAGAUGAUAUAAUGGAAUUAGAAUUCACACAAGAGAAACAAUUAAUUGCAAUGAUUACAACUAAUUCAAAUGAACCACGAUUGAUUAAUCCCCAUUGGAUUACUUACAAUUAA